AUGCCGAUUCCAUCCAGGUUCCAUUAUAUCAGCUCUCUACCCGCCGCGAAUCCCACCGGUACCAUUGCCCACUGCGAGGAGGUUAUAGGAUACUUUUCGAAGCUAGGACACGCAAGUAGCCUAUACAAGACUGAAGGCACUGGCAUGGACUUCGCGCAAGAAUAUUACAGCCAUCCAUCGGCUCAAAUACCAUUGCCAAAGAACAAUGACAACAAUGUUGGACACAAAGAGAGUUGCAAUUCUGAUGUAAAAGUCGAAACAUAUAUAUCUCCAAAGUCCAAGCAUCCUUUUUAUAUUCAUGGUGACGUGCCUCAUGACUAUUGGUCUCUACAAAAUCUAGAAUGGCCUUUACAUAAAAGUUUACGCACUUCAUUGCCUAUUCGUUCCUUUCAAAACGAUAUGGCAAGCAGUGCAUCUCCGGCCUUUCGGUCUCACGAUUCAGGAGACGGUGCAAAUCUAGUAUCGAAAUUCCAAUCUUUCACACCUCCUCCUUCCGAUCUUGAAUCUUGUACGGAUUCACUUCAAGGUGAUUCUGAAGGUCGAAUCGACACCAGAGUCUAUCAAAAGUGGCAGUUAGCGAACAACUCGAUUGCGGAAGUCAAUUCAAACCGAAAAGCCUCUACGGUGGGUCAAUUUAAAACCCAAAGCUUCUCACUAAGCUCAUCUCCUUGUGGACCUGUAAAGUACGAUCAUUAUGGUUCUUGCUCUGCCGUUUAUUUCAGGCAAGACGGCUCUGAAAAUUAUCUGGCACAACCUCCUCAAGCACUUGCAUCAUAUUAUUCAAUCAUGAACGCGGCACCUUUGGGCAUAGCACCAACCUCUUCAGGUACAAACAGAUCGGAUGUUUUGACUGUGCGCCCCACUGAUCUGUGGAAAGAAUCUCCUGAAGUCCUGGGCCCGCAUUGGAGCGGGGCUAUUCUGUCCAACAAUUUGUCGCAUCCAUCGAAUAUGUCCGUUUCAUGCCAAGAAUCUCAAAGCUAUAAUGACGCAAAUACUUCGAAUGGGAACAUAUCCGCUUCGAGCUUUUAUCCUUCUCAUGCCUCUCAAUUACCUUUUACUCAAAUUGCGUAUCAACAACAUGGUUCCAAUCACAUAGAUUCUCGUUCACCAACACCUUCUUUUCCCUCAAAUGGCGUCCAAAUUCAAGAAGAAGUUCAUAAUAUGAGACGAAACAAAAGCUCAGACAUUGAUUAUGUACGUACUGUAGCAAUUGAUCAACUCUGCCCGAGAAGCUUUCCAGGCGUAUGUCUGCAUCCUCAGUGUCAAUGCAAGCGAACAAAUAAGCCCAAGUUGUACAGUAGAUACAAAGACUGGCAAGGCCAUUUUAAACGUGCUCACCACAAGCAAUAUCUCUGCGGCUUACCGGGUUGUCCAGAUAGCGAAAAGAGGUACGGCACAAAAGCAGAAGCCAAGCGUCAUCGGCUCUCUGUUCACCAUUUUGGUAAGGAAAAUGCUAAACACUGGGACUGCCAGAUCCCGACUUGUCAACGGAGUACCAAGGUGUUCACGAGAAGUGACAAGUACAAAGAUCACCAUGAUAAAUGGCAUGGGCCAUUCCCAUGCCAGUAUCAAGGCUGUGUAAGAGGGCUUGAUCAUGGAUUCAAGGACCAAGAUGCACUUGAUAAGCAUCGUCGAAAAGGGCAUAGACGAGGCUGA